UUGUGUUUUUGUCUCGCAUCGUGGCGAACCGGCGAGUAAAACAAUUCUAUUUUGGAAACUAUUUUGAGGAUUUUUUACGGUUUUUUACACAUAUUUACGUAGAAUGCUACUUUUGGAGCGUUGUCCUGUCUUUCCUUGAAAAUGGUAAGCCAAAAUACCAUGGAAUUUGCACGAAAAUCGUUCCUUCUUGCCGGCAUUUGAAUUGCAUAGUUUUCAUGUGUUGUGGCAACAUACGGCGAGUACACUCGAUCGUAGUUGUGUAGGAUGUGCCAUGAAAUCUGAUAACUAUAAAUACACGGUAUACUAAUGGCUGCUAUGAAUAUUUUUUGCAUCCAGGUUGAAGUUUUGACCGAGCAGGAGUUAGAAUUUCUCGACGCGUACGAUAGGUAGGCAACUAUAAACACUAUUGGGAUCUGCAACUUGUCAUUUUGCCAAGCACGCUAAAUAGAAACAUUUUGCAUGAAAUGACUUCCAUCCCUUUGGGCCGGAUUUUUACCAUAGUUUUCAAAUAUUUUGCAUUAUUUUGUUUCAUAUUUUGCAGCCGCCUGUUUGGCUUUCUACGACUGACAGAAGCAAUAUGCGAAAAUCUCGACAUUACACAUAAAUCACUUCUAUCGAAGGUACAGUUAUGCCAAAUAGAUAUUCACAAAAUAUGGUCUGGAAUUUGUACUACAAUAAUAGCAGAAAUUGCAGAUCGUACAUAAUUUUUCAUCAUUUAUGAUUUCUGCGUUAGAAUAUUAAUGUGAAUUGGUGUUUUGGUACAUUUUUGCAGUAAAAUGCUUUGUUUAUGUUUUGUUUAAAGGGCAUACGACACUAUGAUAGCACACUGAUCAAAGAGGGCACUCAAGCUAACCCAAAUAUCUACUGUAAACUUGGACAUUUCCACUUGCUUCUUGAGGACUAUGUAAAAGGUAAACACUAAACGUAUUAACGACAUAAAUUUUGAUUUUGUGUAUAUUGAAAUAAAAUCCUGCCAAUUUGCCAAUUGCCAUCAGUGUUUUGCUGGAGAACCAUUCAACCGUAAUUUGCCACAUCCGUCAAUAAUCGGCUUUUCGCAUUUUACGCUUUUAUACUUCUGUGUGGAAAAAAUCUUAAGCCGUGAUAUUAAAUCACGAUGGAACAUGAGCGUCAUAAAAAGACAGUAUUUAAAUUGUACUGCUUUUACUUUUUCACUUGCAGCAUUUUUAGUAAGGUGGUGAUUAUUUAGGCUUGCCUUUUACUGGUUUAAGAAUUUUCUCAAAAUGACUUGAAUAUUAAAAUGAUACCCUUCAUUUUGUAUGUUCACUUGUUAUGUUUCGUAUAUAAGUUUUGUUGUAGAAAACUGGUGAAUAGGGGAUUCCCUCACAUUAUAAUGAAAUCCAAUUUGAUAUCAACACCUACACAGGUCUAGGAUAAGCCUCUGUUAUUUUCAGGGAUUUUGGCCUGGUUUCAGCAAUUUUUCUUGCCGUACAUAAUAGGUAAACGCAUAUAUUAUGCAAAAUAUCAUGCCAUAUGAGAAUAUAAUACACUGCAUUGCUGCUGCUUAUAGAGAGACAGAGCGAUAGUUUUGUCCUGUGUUCUGGCAACAGUGGACAUUGUUUAAAUGCCAUCAAUGUCAACACUGUCAGAACAGAAAGGUCAUUUUGGGUUGUGUGGAGAGUAGCAGCUGUUUACAUAACAGAGUUUUGCAAGCUAUAUAUAUAUAUGUAUGUAACAAGUAAAACCUGCCUUUCCAACAGCAUACUGUGGAAUGGGUCGUUGCAGAAACCUCCCCCACAGAGGUACAGUACCAGGGCUUGAAUUUUAUCGCAGCAAUUGCCAUAGAGGUAAAACAAAAUGUCAUGGAUCAUUGCAGCAACAACAGCAAUUUUUUGCUGUGUAUUCACUGUGCAUUACUAUUUUGAUACUUGAAUUCAGAUGUUGAUCAAAUCAUGCAUAAACUAGUCUGAGUUUUAGUCUGAGUAUUCUUCGAAAAAAAAAACACUAAAGAAAUCAGUGCUGUAAGUAACUUUGUUACAAGUAACGAAAUUACAAGUAAUCGUUACUUUUUUAGUAACUGAACGGUAACUAGUUACCUUUAAAAAUAAGGUAACUGUAACUGUAACGAGUUACAUUUUGGCCUAAAAUGAAACGAUAACAUGUUACUUUUAUAGCCAACGUUUACAGUACGUUACUUUUUUUGCUACAUUCUUGCGGUUAAAACUUACAAUUCACUUCUCUGUUCUCAAAAUUCUCCUCACUGUUUUCUACGACAACGCAUGCUUCAGUUAAUUAACACAGCUGAGAGAUCCAUUUGUGGUAAGGUUACAUAAUGUUUACAAAUAAUUAACAUCAAUCUGCUGACCAGUAAUCAUUAAGUUGAAAAAACUAGGCUGGAUCGAUAUACCGGAUAUAUCUGAUAUACAGGUAUUUGUUUAGAUACCGGUUUGGCGAUAUUGACAAUUUAAAAAUACCGAUAUACCGACAUUUCGGUAUUUUGCUGCCUAAUACCGAAAUGAAAUGCUCUUUCAAGUCAAACUUGCUUACAAUCACGUUUAGAAAGCAAAGUUAAUACUCACAGAUGCAUGAUUUUGUUCUUACAGUUCUAGCGGCUUUGGUUUAGCAAUACCAGAUGUCUUGUUUAUUAAAUCGCCUUAAUCGGAAAUAUAAAAAUGGCGAAAUUUUUUAAGGAAAAUUUUGACAAAAAAGAAAACUUUGAUUUUGGAAGGUGGAAGUACAGUACUAGCAUUUACGAAGCAGCGAAAACCUUUUCUGGCUUUUCAAGUUUUUUUACAUGCUUGCUAACUUGUUUAUGUGUUAGUUUUAAAAAUGCAACAUUUUUUAUGUUUAUAACUAUUAGCAGCUUACUGAAACACCAUCUGAAUUUAUAUACAAAACGAAUAUUUUUCUGAAUGAUUCAACACUUCGACGCCCGAUCGACGGCCUACUAAUAAUUGCCGCUUAGCACUGUUAAUUGUUAACAUAGCUUGAUAAUGCGAAUCUUGUGACAUUUGCACUAAUAACAGUAUGUGCCACAUUAAUAUUUUGUCAAAACUUGAUUUUUCUUGACGGUCAGCACUUCAGUUUGGCUUAAAAAAAAACACGUUAAAAAUACCGGUAUUUACCGGUAUUCUAAUGGCGGUAUAUCGGUAUUCGGUAUCUGCGAUAUCGAUCCAGCCUAAAAAAACCUGGGUUUUUUCUUACUUGAAGUAACUUGUAAAUAUUGAAGUAAUUUUGUAACGGUAACUAGUUACAUAAGUGUAACUUUUACCAGUAACUAGUUCCUUUUUUGGGAAUGUAACUGUAACAGACUGUAACUAGUUCCAAAAAAUGAGUAACUUAAUUUUACAGCACUGAAAGAAAUACGUUAUAAACAUGUUUCUAGCUUGUCAGCAAUCCAAAUAACAAUAAAAUUCAAUUUUUAUUACAGUAAUUUGACAAAAUGCCGUGGAAACUGCCAAUUAAAUUGCCGUAGACAGCUGUUAUGUUUUACAGCAAUUUUUAACGCCAUAUUGCUGUCGACUGAUUUCAGGGAAAUUGGAGGCCUGCCUGGUACAUUUUACUAUUAUGAGAGGUGGAUUUCCCCUUCUCCCCCUCUGGAUGACAGAAAUGUCCUAGUAGGGGGAGUUGAUCAUUUCUGGUAUGAGCUAGCCUAGUACAAUAAAAUUGUGAUGACUUAUAUCUUACACUUCUUUGAUGGUUGGUAUUAAUGUAAGUCAUGCAGUAUGCAGUUUAUGUACAAGUCUGCAAUCAUUGCCCCUCUGGCCAUUGGGCACCCCCAGACACUUGAGUCAAGAUGACUUCCAUGUAGUUAAUUAAUUUAAUUUAUUAACUUACGGUACUUAAAUAAUGGUAACACAAAAACUGGCAGGACAAUCGCAACAGCUUGCGCCAAUUACUGCGCGAUCCCUAACUGUUGGACAAAUACUAUAAGGUACAUAGAAAAACCAAUUACUAACGAACUAUCAUGACAGAUACUUUUCACAUUGUGACCCACUGUAGGACCACUUCCACUUUCUAUUAAGGCUUGAAUUGACAACAUAUUGUUAAGUAGUUGCACAUAAAACAUGUGUAUAUAGCACUGUCAGCAGGGACGCCAGAACGGUGUGAAGGCAAGGGGGGCAGAUUUUCAUGAAAUUGGAUGAUUUUCAUUUGGAAUUGAUAUAUACUAAGAGAUGUUUCCAGAACAUCGGGAGUUGAAAUUUGCGUAAUCUGUUUUCUAUUUAUUGGAUGAUAGGAAUGUGAGGGGUUCUCCACCAGGCGAUUGUGCUAUUCUUGAGGCUCGAUGAUUGCGUUUCUUGCGUUUUCUGAAGCAAAUUCGUAAAAGAAUUGCACUAACAUUUCUGACCAUUCGCUAUUUCGCCAAGGCAAUCCUUUAAAUUGAAAGGGCACCUUUGCCCCCCUUGCCCCUCCUGGUAAAGGGCAACAGGGACGGCUGCCCCUCCUGCCCCCCAGUUCCAGCGUUUAGGCAAUGUUAUCCUAUUGAACACCAGCACUCUCCCUUCAUCAUGAGUAUAAUCAUCUGGUGUUAGACAGAGUAAAAUAAUAAAGUAGAGUGCAUUGGGCCACAGUGCAUUGGGCCACAAUGCAACUUAAUGAGUUAAACACAUGAAUAAAACUCUUGAAAUAUAGUCUAGUAUUCAAAUCAUUAUGUAGCUCUCAUAUUGAUUCAUAGCAUGAUACCUGUACUGUAUUUCAACUGCCAUAAAAUUGUUGUCCUGGGUGGGGAAUUGCCUCUUGCAAUUCCCCAAUUAAUAAAUAAUUUAUUAUAAUCAUACCUAAUUUUAGUGUGCAGUGAUAACCAAUUUGUGCAGUGAUGAAAGUAAAAUGUGCAGUGAUAAAAUUUGCUGUGAUUAGUUGUUAAUUGACAAGAAAAUGAGCAGAGAAACUGAUUGAACUAAACUGUUUUGCCACUAAAUGACAGUAUUAAUCAAAACAUUUUGAAUAAGAAUAAUUUGAAUGAAAUUGAAAUGAUAACUGCCAAAUUAGGCGUAAAAAAAAAUACCUGUGGUUCCACAUAAAUGUCCGCACUACUAUUAUACUUAUAUAAGGUUCAUCAGAUGCGAACAAAGUCUCCCACCAAAGAUCUUUUUAUAAGCUUGUAGCAGAUUGUUAGAUUUUCUUGAAAAGAAAAAUGUCUUAUAUGACAAUCAAUUUGGCUUCCGUACAAAAUACUCUACCGAUUAUGCAAUUCUUAGCAUAAUUGACAAAAUCAAACAGCAAUUGAUGACCGUGAUUUUUCAUGUGGAAUCUUUUUAGACUUUAGUAAAGAGUUCGAUACUGUAAAUCAUGAAAUUUUGAUAAAAAAAUUGGAGUAUUAUGGCGUAAGAGGUAUAGCUCUUAAUUGGCCUCAUAUUGUAUCUUGAAAAUCGUCAACAAACUGUUACAGUUAACAAUGUAACUUCGAACACAACAACAGUUUCCUGUGGUAUUCCACAAGGAUCUGUUCUUGGACCAUUAUUAUUUCUGCUUUAUAAAGAUAAAGAGAAGCGUUGGAGUUUUAUCAAAACUUCAAUAUUACGUAAAUAUAAACAUUCUAACCAACAUUUAUUAUGCUUUAAUUUACCCAUAUUUAAUAUAUAGGAUAACUGUUUGGGGUAAUACAUACCUUACAACUUUACAACCCCCUUUUGUAUUGCAGAAAAAAUCUAUGCGUAUUAUGACUUUUUCUAAAUUUGAUGACCACACAAGCCCUAUCUUUAAGUCAUUAAAAGUUAUCAAGCUGUGUGAUCUUGUUACACUGCAUAUUGCAGUUUUUAUGUUUAAAUUUCACAAUCAAAUGUUACCUUCUGUGUUCAGUUCCUUUUUUACUUCCAAUCCGUUGAAACAAUCCAUAAUUAUAAUACACGAUCAACUGCAAAUCAAUCUUAUUAUCUUCCCAAAGGUUUCAAGGGCCUAAAGUCUGGAACUCGUUUGGUUUAGAUUUUAAAUCUGUCUCUUACAUGAAAUUUAAAAAAAAUUUAAGAAAUUAAAGAAUUUUUAAGUAAAUAUUGAUAAUUUUUUGUUUUUCAAUAAGAUUCAAUAUUAAGACUGAUUUCUGCUCCUCGUUUCAAUUUUUUAUUAUUAAUGAAGACUAUGGUAGAACUUGUAUUAGUGUAUGUGUAAAUAUAAGUAUAGUUUUGUGUUUGUGUGUGUAAUGAGUACUGUAUAUCUUCGACCCGUAAUGUAACUUAAUUUAUGUUUCCUGGCUUCCUAACUUUUUUAGCUUUUUAGUUAUUUUAGGAAGCCAGUACCUCUACACUUUUAAAUAUCAAACUUGUUAAAAUUUUAUGUAACUGUAGGUAAAUAAAAUUUGUUGUUGUUGUAGGAAAAUGGAGUGAAUGAUACUGUACUUACAGUAAUGUAACGUUUUGGAAUUAGUGUAUAAUCUUCAGAAUUCUAUAGAAUGUUCCCACAUAUUGCAGGAAAUGCCCUUUUAGAGAGCCUAGAUUACAAAAUUUUCUGUGGGUGCAUGCCCCUGGAACUCCUCUAGAGUAUUGUCACGCCUAAGCCGUCUUUCAUUUGUCAAGAUGAAAAUAUUUCUUUCCUGCAAGCAUGUGAUUAUGAAACUAUGCUGUCAUAGAUGGUCGUAACAGCAGGUGCUGUCAAGGCUGCCCAGAGAGGUGGAGGGGCCAAUUUGCCCUGGGGCCCAGUUAAAGGCUGGCCCAAAUAAAGAAUUGUUACUGCCAUAGUGAAAUAUACAUAAAUUACGUAGAUUAUAUAUUAACAAGCUUCUAGAAUGCAGGAUUUGUUCAUUUCUGGCACCUCAGAUUUCACCCCUAUAAUCAUAGUGUUAGAGGAUGGAAUCACGAAGUGGCCCAAGUCAAAUUUUGCCCUGGGCAUCCAAAUUUCCCUGGGCAACCCUGGGUGCUGUGCAGUGAUGGUUGAUUUUGGCAUUUUUGAAUAUCAAUUGUACAGUAGCUAACUGUUUUGUAAAAUAAUAAUAUACAGUAAUUAACCAAAUUAUUGAUUUUAUCUCUGAUCAUGGAUGUUUCUCAGAGUGGGGCUCAGUUCCUGCUGGUAUACUACAAGGAACAAUAUUAGGGCUAUGAUUGUUCUUAAUUUUACCUGUUCAAAUACCCAAAUAGGAGGUUUAAUAGAUUGUGACUCUUAAUAGAACGACUCCAGUUAAAAACGAACUCUUAUACUGUAAAAGUUAAGAAAGGACUCUUAUAUACAGUUAAAAGGACUCUUAGCUAAAACUCUUAAUUGUUAUAAGGACUCUUAUACAUAUAGAUAGAUACAAUUUUUUUUAUAAUUCCUUCAGUGUAAAACACUGUUAUCAAUGGAGGUCCUGUAAUAUGACUCUUAUACUUAAAAAUGACUCUCAGUUAAAUAAUAUUUGGCUUAAUAUAUAAUUCAAAAUUUCAUGUACUGUAGUUGAGCACAGCUCUGAACUGAGACGCUAUACAGAAUACAAAGACACUCAGUGUUCCCUUUACAAUUUCACUCUUUUUGUGCAGUGUUAGAAUGUCUUUAAAAUUAUCCUGGUUGUGCUGCUCAAUAUAAAAAUAUACGAUGAUAAAUUAUACAAAAUGUCAGACUGAGUAUUGUAUUUCAUUUUUAUCAGUGUUUCAAUUAUAAGAUUGGGCAUUAAAUUAUAUAUAGUUGUUGGAAAUUAGCUCAUUAUUGUAAGAGCAAGUCUUCCUUUUCUUUAGCACUUUCUGCUUAUCAAAAGUUCUUCAGCAUACAAGGUGAUUAUUGGAAGGUAAGUCACAAGUUGAGUACACACUGUUAGACAAUUAUUUAUUAUAUAGUAGAGAGUGAGAUACUGAAAAAUACAGUGAGAUAUUUUCCAUAUCUUCACUAGUGGAGAUAUCGAUCACGUGACUUUUUCCAAUUUGCUUUUGAGCGUGAAAUUUCACAAUUUUUUGCUUGGGACCAUAUAAUAAACAGAACAUUACACGUUGGCUUGAAGAUAUGACUUUUAUCUUCUCGUGUUAAAACAAUAUUUCACUCACUCACUGCGCUCGUUCGUAAAAUAUUGUUUUCACCACUCGAAGAUAAAAGUCAUAUCUUCGCGCCGCCGUGUAAUGUCCUCUAUAUAUAUAUAUAUAGUCAGAACAUUAAGGGGGUAACCCCCAACACUCCAAGAUUUACACCUCUGACCCCAAAACCCCCACCCAGGAUUUACACCACAUAUGAAACAUUCUGUGAAUACUCGAUUUAGAAGCCAUAGUUUGGUUUCUUGUCCUGUCAACAUAUAUACAGUAUCAUGAGACAUCCUAUAUAAUGUUAAUAAUCAUAAUUCAUGCAACGUCAAGGUAUUUAAUAUUGAUCUGAUGGGUAGUACACGCACUGUGCAUUGUCCGUACAAUUCUGUGUAACGUCCGUACCUAAAAUGUUCACUAAUAAAACUUUUGACCAUUUAAGAUUCACUGAAAUGGUCAAAAGUUUUGUUAGUGAAAAUUUUAGGUACAGACGUUACACAGAAUGUUACGGACAAUUAGCCAUUCCGAAGUUGAUGAGUGGACUGGGGACGAGUGUUAAAAAGUGUCCAAAUUUUUAAUCAGUAAUUUCACAAUUUUUGAAAGCUUAUUAUUCGAAGGAUAUUCAUGUAAACGUCUUCAAACCUCGUAUACUUACUAAUUUUGAGGUGGUCUUUUUAGUGAUUUGGUUCAUUUCUUAAUUUGGGCACUUUUUAACACUCGUCCCCAGUCCACUCAUCAACUUCGGAAAGGCUAAUACAGUAAAUGUCACGACUUGAAAUCCUGAAUUGAAAUUAAUGCAAUGUACAUUAGUUUAUUUAAUUAGCCUUUCUCACGAUGACGAAUAUCCGCCAUUUUUGGGUGGCAUCUAAUUCUCGUUAACCAAUGCAGACGAUUAAAACAAUGUGAAUAGCAAUUUUCCAAAAUCAACUAACCCGCAUUUACAAAGCAAAUUUACCAUCAUUCGUCUAAAAAAUUAUAAAAAGUCACUGUUAUGUGGACUUAUCUCGCAGACUUCGGCUGAACAGCCACCCAAAAGUGGUGGCGUGAGAAAGGCUAAUUAGCUGUUUAUAUCUCUAACAAAAGAUGAAACUAAUAGAUUAGUCAUUGAGAGACACGUGUAUAGUAUGUUGUAAUCCUUGAUUACUCUUGCUAUUAUUGACUUAUAGUCUUAGUUGCAAUUUAGUUAAUAUAAGUGUAUAUAAGAAUUAGUAAGAAAAGUUCGCCAAAAUGGCUCCGGAUGUGACGGUGGAAUGACGCAUGUUCUGUCCCAACUCUCGUGGAAAUUAAAAAUAAACUGAUCUGAUGUUUGGACUUUCUUUAGGAUGCACCAUUUCUGUAUGGAUUAGGAAUAGUAUAUUUUCACUAUGGCGCUUAUAUGUGGUAAGUGUGUCAUCUUCAGAUUAACAUAUCGCUAUUAAAAAGGUUGACCAAAAUUACACAUAAUUUUUAGUGUCUCUCUAUACAGUACAGGAUGUGUAAAAAAUCGGAAACCAUCUUUUAUGCUUAAUAAAAUUCAGAAUAAUAGACCUUAUAUUGUUCUUUUCUCUUUGGAACAAGGAGUCUGCACUUGUGUAGUAAGAUAUGUUCUACUAAGAUAUUGAGGGUGGUAAGGUUGUUUUCGUGAGCCGUGAAUUGCAUGCCAAUAUCUGUUCUCGUGAAAUGUGAAAUGACGGCUUUUCGUGUCGUGAAACGUGAUUUACAUAGCCGUGAACCGUGAUAAUUUUUGUCCAAAAACGAGAAUUUAUAUGAGGCCUGCAGAAUAAAGACUGGACGAGUAGUAAAGAAGAGCAAUGCUUUGGAUGUAGCAGUUUUACUGCAUGUAUGUGUUGUCUUGAUUUAUCGAUUAGUUUUAAAAAGGCGCCAGUAAAAUUAGUUUCGAAAACGGAUAAAAUGGCUAACAGGUUAAGAAAGGCAUUAAAUACUCAAGGAAGAAAAAAUUAAUAAAAUGUACGCCAGGUUAAUUGUACGCGAAAUGGUUAAUUUUUACAUGUGAAACGUGAAAUGACUGUUUGAUUCGAACCCCACCUUUUCCACCCUCGACAUUAAUUGGGUCGUUGAAACUCUUGAAUCACCAAAAGAACAGUUCGUUCAUUGUUCAUUGUGAGUGUCUCAGGAAAUCCGCAAUUUCCUUGGAAUAUCGAAUAUUUGAAUCGUCUGGCAACGCCAACAGUACAAACUUCAUUCAUUCGAAAUAAAAUAUUUCAACUCCGUUUUAACACGAAAUAUGUUAUGUUUUAAAAAGUUUUUUGUGGUAAAAAAUAGCCAAGGCUAGUGUAGGUAAGUCAUGAGCAAGGAACACAUCUAUCCCAUGAGACAGUUCAUACAACAUUAGUCAUGAUCAUUCCUCAUUUAAACAACCGAGUCCGUAAUGUAUGUAACGUUAGCGAAUAAAUUGAAGUGUAGUCGGCAUGGAAAAUCGGGUUUUGAUGAACAAUUUCUAAAAUUCACACUUCUAUCGAGGCUUGCGUUUUUUAUACAACCUGUAUAUUCAAAUUAAAUAUUGAAAAACUAGAAAAUUAUAUUGUCUUUUUUAUUUGCAAAUCUGCAUUUACGAGGCCAUAUUUUUUACUAUAAUACAUAUUAAGUGGCAUAAAUGUCGAUUUUGAUCAAAUAUUAUACCUUAACUUAAAGUGAGUUAAUACAUGUAGCAAUUCAAAUAAAAUAAGAAUUAAUUCACUCAAACAUUGAUCUUUGUGGUAUUUUUAGGACUAUAAAGGCAUUUCAACAAGUACUGUAUAUAGAUCCAGGAUUCACUCGUUCAAAUGAAAUUCAUCUGAAGUUGGGGAUGAUGUUUAAGAUGCAGGGGAACUAUGAAGCCAGUAUGAAGGUGAUUAAAGCCCCGUUUACACGAGCAAAUUUUAUUUGACAAAUUUCAUUUCUUGAUGAAAUGAAAUUUGUAGCAUGCUAGCUUUGUUCAAUUGCUAGCAUGCUAGCUUUUGUUCAAUUGCAUUUGUUACAAUAAAUUUGUCACAAAUUUAUCAUCUACACGAGCAAAAUAUCUUUGACAUAUGAAAUUUGUCAAAUAAAAUUUGCUCGUGUAAACGGGGCUUAAAGUAUAACACAUUUUAAACUACAUUUUAAAGAAUGAAUGUUAAGUGUGUAGAUUACGUGCUUGUGUUAGUGUUUACAUUUUACCACUGACAGGUUUUUCUUGCCAUACGUCGGAUAUACUUAGUUGUAUAAAAGUCAUUAUUUUAAUAUUUUAAGUCCAGUAAUCAAAUAUUUACUCAGCUUUAAUGCGAUUCGAUUGCUUUAUAACUAGACGCUUCACUACUAAGGCGAAUUUUGAACCAGAUGUGGUCUUUUAGUUUAUAAUGCAAUAUUAAAUUUCCUAUUUUUAUACACAAAAUGCUGCUCGAUUGGCCUUGAUUUCAUGUAAGACAUAUAAUUAUACUCAAGUGAUGAUUGUUAAAAUGUAUGGCGAAUUUUGGUGUCAUGAAAUGGUGACCGGCUUCCCUGCUGGCACAGAGGUCUCUAUUUGCGCAGGGAAGCGAAGGCGAAGAGACCUCUGCCUAGAUCUGACAUUUCCUCAGUCCAUGAUCGUGGACGAGUCAAACCAGUUUGUAAAACAAGUUCUGAAACCGGUUUAGGGAAACAAAUAGUACGCAUGCUCAGAGCUGAAUUACGCUGUAAUGACAUUGAGCCCGUAAUGUCAAAAUGGCGGCUUACCCAGCGUGGUCAUUUCUAGGUUUUUCAUGUUGUUUGAAAGUGCUCUAAGUUAUGUAAUUGAUAUUUUCAAAGAUGAAACUGUGAAAGCAGUGACAGAAGAACAAAAGAAAGCAAUCUUUUCUGUUUUAUCGGGCCGAGAUACAUUUGUUUGCCUUCAAACUGGGUACGGUAAGUCUUUGAUUUACCAAGUUGCUCCCGCAAAAACCGGUUUGAUAUCACGUGGUGAACAUCAUUCGUUGUCAUGGCAAUUUUUGCAUAUGCGCGACAGAAAACGUGUCAGAUUUAGGCAGAGGUCUCUUCUCCUUCGCUUCCCUGCACAAAUAGAGUACACUGCCAGCAGGGAAGUGACCGGCAUGCAUUGAGCCCAAAAUUCCUUGUUUGUCACUCAUUCUCGAAGGUUCUGUGCACUAAAUUCUUCAUGUAGUUUGGUAUUGUACAAUAAUUGAACACCCUUUCGGCCUUUCCUAAGAAUUCGAUUAAAGCUGAAGUGCUUAAAACUACUUUUCUCUUUCAGCACUUUCACCAAGCCUUACUGGAUUCACACCCGUGUUCGUUAUCAAAAUUUGAAAGUAAGUUCAUUUUACUUGAAUUAUGUCACAUAGAUAGAAAAAGUUUAUUUAAACAAGCUGACCCCGUCAACCGAAGCUGAGGGGCGUGUACAAAAGUGUACAUAUGAAGAAUUUUAAAAGCCAUUUACAAAAUUAUAUAUUGUAUAGUAUUAUAUAUAACGUAAUUAACUAGUAUAAUAAUCUAUUUACAACAUGAGCGGCCGUGUUGUAUCGGAUAUACAACUCGACUGGAAGACGAGUUUGUAUAUCCGGCUCGGGUUUAUAUAUCCGAUACAACACGGACCCGAAUGUUGCAGUUGCGUGUGAAACGUCUUGAUGAGAACAUUCGUAUUCUUUACAAUUAAAAUAAAUGAUAUUUGGUGAGAAAAUUGAACUUAAAGUUUACAUAUGUAAAUCCGCAUGAUUCUGUAUCUGUACAGUAGAAAAACAAACUCCUUCACGCUCUUCAUUUCUUUUGUGUUUUCUUCAUGAAUAAUGAGUUUAAUAAAUAGAGCUCACUGGUUCGGGCUUGCGACUGCGCAUUUAAAUGGCGCUUUCUGAGUCGGAAAGAAGUUAAAUUUGAAAGAAAAUUUCGAUUUAGAUAAUAAAUAUUUUCAAAUAAAUAUCUUGAAUGUUUUCCCUUACGUUACCUCCAUUCCACAAUCUCUGUGAACUGUACAACAUCCGGCCCUUCUUCAAAAUCACAGAAUGGUCACUCAUAAAUAGUAAUUAAUUUCAGUUCAAUUUCACAUUGGUCAUUUGUACGAGAUGCAGCACAAGUGUGAAAACGCCCGUGAAACGUACGAAGCUGUCGCCCAGAGUGAAAAUGUACCAAACGAUGUAAAGAGUAAUGUUUACAAACAGCUUGGUAAGUGAGAUAAACGACAUUACCUUGAACCAGUGGCGGACACUAUGUAUAUUGGUGGGGAGAGCGGGGGAAACCCACCCAAAAUGUUCUGAAAGCCUUUAGAUGACAUAAUAAAAAGUAUUUUCCUGAACCGUGGGUGCCAAUAUUUUGUUCUCGUGAAAUGUAUAAUGACGGAUUUUCUUGAUUUUUACUACAUAUAUGAUAAGUCUUUCAAUGUUGAACUUUCAGUGGUGUUCAAAGUUAGUUCCGAAAACGUCAAAGUAGGCCUACGGAUUGAGGAAGGCAUCUAUGAUAAGUCUUUCAAUGUUGAACUUUCAGUGGUGUUCAAAGUUAGUUCCGAAAACGUCAAAGUAGGCCUACGGAUUGAGGAAGGCAUCUAAUACUCAAGAUAGAAAAUUACAUAAAAAGUGUUUUUAAUUUACGUGUCGUGAAAUGCUUAAUUUUUUUUGCAUGUGAAACGUAAAAUGGAUGUUUUUCUUCACGUAAAUGUGAUUUGAACAACCCCCACCCCUUCACCACCCCCUAUGAUAGCUGUUAGGCUACAAAUGAAGCUAAAUAAUGCAUGAAACGUGCAAAAUUAUCUAAUUCGCUCCCCCACCCGCAUAUUUUGCGAAGUCCCCGAUAUUCGUCCCCCAAUAUUUCAGUUCAGUCUGAUAGAAUGGCUGCAACUUUGUGGGGGGAGGUCAACCUUAUAAUAUAAAAAUACCAUCGAAGUUACUUUCUCAACCUCGUCCCCAUGGGCCUCGUCGAGGGAAGGGAGUGCUGGAAGAAGCCCUGGCAAAGGCUGAACUAUCGUGGCCGUUGAUUGGUUAAAACAUUUAGUUUAGUUAUCACGUGCGUUGCUGAAACGUUUCAAUUGAUCACUUUAUUUAUUUAUUAUGAGAAAUGUAAGCGGGGAAAGAAACGGGAUACAAUACAUGUCAACGUAAAGGAGCGACCAUUUAACUAGUUAUCGAUAAUAAAUAGCGAUAUAAAGUCUUCAUGCAACUUGGCAGUUGUCAAGAUAUUAAAUAAGGUCGUAUAUGGCGCAAUCCGUAACAAUCAAUAACUCAAAUAACUUGCUGAAAUAAAAGUUGUUGGAUAAAAAUCUCUGAGUGGGAAGUCUCUUUCAUUGAAAGUUAAGAGCGACCGAGAUUUGUUUGAAAUGUCAAAAGGUUCACACAUCAAGAACGGGUUACAAACGACAUAUUUUAUCCGCUUACUGUCGUUGCAAUGGAAGUGUUGAUAAAAUAUCGCAUCAAUUAAUUACUUAGAGCUGAUCAAUUCUUUCGUUGAAAAAUUGAUCAAUUUUCUGUGUGUUUGAAUCAACCAAUGGCUUUACGUUUCAGUGACUGAUUGGCCAAUUGGGAACAAGCAUGCCAGUAAACAGGAAGUUGAUCAAUUUUUCAACAAAUGAAUUAGCCUUUCUCACGCCGCCAUUUUUGGGUGGAAUUUCAGCUGAUGUCUGUGCGAUAAGUCCACAAAACAACGACGUUUUAUAAUUUUUUGGACGAAUGAUGGUAAAUUUGCUUUGUAAAUGGUUAGUUUAUUUUCAAAAAUUGCUUUUCGCGUUGUUUAAUUGUCUGCAUUGGAUAAUGAAAAUUUGAUGCCACCCAAAAAUGGCGGAUAUUCGUCAUCGUGAGAAAGGCUAAUUGAUCAAUUAACGUUAGGUAAUGAGUUGUUGCAAUAUUUUAUCAACACUUCUAUUGCAACGACAGUAAGAAGUAUUAUAUUUUGUUUCUUUCAUGAGAAACCAACAUAUAUUACGGUGAUAGAAACUAGAAAGUCAAGUCAGUCAAGGAUCGAAUCGAAAUCGAACAAAUCUACGCAUAAUAAUACAUGAUAUGAAGCAUAAUAAUACUUAUGAGUUUCGAUGGUCAGUUGCCACAUCCAGCAAUUGCUAGUGUUACUGAUAGGUGUAAACCUAUGGUCGAAGUGUUGAGAUCAUUGAAUAAAAAAGUAUGAAGCGUCCGUGGUUUUUCUGUUGAAAUAGUCCGACAAAACCGCACUCUUGUUGUUGUUCAAGCAAGCCUGAAUAUUAAUGAGCAUAAAAAUAUGGCGCGAAAAUUUAGCCAAUCUAUUGGAAAGUUUGGUAAUGCGACACCAGCCUUUGCCAGAGCCUUCUUGCAGCGCUUCUUUUCAAGCGCUGCUAACAUGUACUGAAAUGUAUUCUGCACUUGCCAUUUUUAGGUUGGAUGUUUUUCACGAAGGAACAACUGGGCGAGAGACAAACCCGGUUGCAAGUUGCAGUGCAGUAUCUUCAAAAGGCCAUUGAAAGCGAUAACACCAGCGGUGCUUCAUGGUAUUUGUUGGGCAGGUAUGUCACUAAUUUUAUGGGACACACGCUAUACCUAGCAACUGUCUAUAAUAAUAUACAUGUAUUUAACGUUGUUUUUCAGGUGUUAUGCUGUCCAAGGCAAGGUUCAUGAUGCUUUCACUGCCUACAGACAUGCGAUUGAUAAGUCAGAUGCGAGUGCAGACACGUGGUGUUCAAUUGGGUAGGUACAUUAUAUCUGACAUUUUCUAUGCAAAUUUCUUCAGCGAUCUAUUUUGAUGUUUUUAAGUGCAAUCUAAGUAAGAUUGCAGGGUGUUCACUCCUGCACGUGCAUGCUGGGAGACACAUAUCCUUAGUUUGCAAAGGGCAGGGCGCUUAUAUAUAAUCGCCCUGGUUUGGAGUGUCAUGAAUGGCGCCAUGGCUCAAGAGGUUUGUUCCCAUUUCAAAACCUCCUGUCAGCUAUUUGUAUUGCACAAUAUAAUGGCCCAAAAUAAUGUAGAUUUGUGUCAAGGAUGGAAAAGAUUGCUAAUUUUCACCCAUUUUAGGGUAUUAUAUCAACAACAGAACCAACCAAUGGAUGCAUUGCAAGCGUAUAUUUGUGCUGUUCAACUUGAUCCUUACCAUGCCGCGUCAUGGACUGACUUGGGUAUCUUGUACGAGGCAUGUGGACAGCCUUUGUAAGUACACCUAUUUCACUUAAAUUUCUUUGAUUGUUUUUAAAUGCUCUUGCUUUGCCAAUACUGUCAAAUUAAAUUGCUUCAUUUUGGCGAGUAGGUGCAUAUCACACUAUUUUCCUUGUCAAUUUCUUAUCACACCUUUGAAAAUGGUUGUGCAAUUGCCAAAUCAAACUAGGACCUUUAGAUUUCGUUAGUGGGGGCCACCAAGGAACGGGAACCUAAUUAGAUAUCGGUGAACUGGUGAACUGGCAAGGGGUCUGGGGUCUAACUUCAUCAUUUCCGUGUAAUUGAGGUUGUGGGGUUUGAAUCAAUUUCGUUGAUAUAUUCCAUCUACACAGAUUGUGUUUUAAGUACUAUUUAAAGCACGCGUAGGAGUGUUUUUUCAGAUAUAAAACGCGAGGCGCAGCCGAGCGUUUUAUAUCUGAUAAAACAAGACUACAAGUUUUAAAAUAAACUUUGUCCAAACCGAGAAAAUCAAAGCUAAAGUUUUAUGUAAAUUAACAUGAUUUUUUAUCACAUAUAAAGAUAGACACGCUUAUGAUUUUUCUUUGCGUUUUCUCCUGAAUUAUUAAUGAGUUUUUUACAUAUAAAUGCAAGGUUUGGUUAUAAAACACCUUUCUGAACUAAGUCAUUCUAGACUUGUUUUUUUGCUGGUAUUUUAAACAAGUUAGGAAGCUUUACUAGGGCCAGCAUAUUCGAUGGGGAGCUUUGACCCCCCCCCCUUCCCUCCCAGCUUAUAUGUUUAAAAUUAUUCCUUUCAUUAGUAUAUGCCGAAAGGCCUUCCUUUGUACUGUUCGUGUAGGAUGAUUCAUUUUCCUGCAUUCUCUUUUGAUUACCUUAGAAUAUAAGUAUAUGUUUACGCAGUUGCUCUUGUGAUAAUUGAAACGUAGAAUAAGGAUAUACUGUAUAUACUAAAAAGUAUAUAGAAUACUGCUAUUAAAUGCUAGGGAAAAUGUUCGAUUCCACGUAUUUGAGGCACUAUAUAUAGAGAUACUUUAUGUAAAGCAAGUACAGUAUAUAACUAGUAAUUAUUACUUACUAUAAAAUCAUCUAUUUCAGAGACGCAGUAAAAUGUUAUAAUGCUGCAAAACGAUGUGGUAAGUAUAUUACAGGUUUUCAUAGUGUCGUUUUCGAGGGGAUACACUUGAAUAAUCCAAGUCUGUCCAUUAAUAUAUACAGCUGAUCCUUGGCUUUAUCAUUAUAUGCAGGGUCUAUCAAAUUAUCCUCUGCUCUGCUCUAUUUAAACUCGUUUGAAAUUCUUGAAAACGCAAGGCUUCAUAUUUUAUAUAGAAUAUACACUUUGUGAAUUCACUAAUUAUCCUUCCAACAAUUAGUUACCUUGUACCGGAGUAUUAAGCUAUUGGCCUUGGAUACGUUGUCAAGAACUCUGAACUGUACAGUUGGAUAAUUGAAUUUCAAUUGUCUUGUUACACUCGACAAAAGAUCCAUUUCUGGACCUUUGUACAAUACAUGCAAUGCUCUUUGGUGGAAAGCAUUACUUAGGGAUAUAUAGCUCGAUGUUUUUGCAAGGUUAAUUACCCGAUAUGAAUGACUGCUUAUAGUGACCAGUAAAUCAAUUCUCCAAGAUAUUGCAUGAUGUUUUGGCGUUCUACAAUCUGCAGACAUGCAUGUCACCCUAAAUACGUGCAAUCUACGCCAUACAUGAUGUUUCGGCGAUCUACAAUCUACAAUCUGCAGACAUGCAUGUCUACCCUAAAUACGUGAUAACACCGCAUUUAUACACAUGAGUUUGCUCUCACCAAGCGCGUGUGGUACAACACAGUGACACCAACGCAUCCAGAUAUGUACUGAGUGUCGUGGGACCAGAGUGCUCAAACAACCACAGGGAAGUGAGCUUUGCAAUGUCGCUAAUUGACACCUAUUAAUCAAUAACACCGAAGUGAAGGAGCGUACCUAAUACUACAGUUUGCAGAAAUUCAUGAUCUACGUCUCAUCAGUGCAGCUUGGUAAACGUCUAGAUACGUGAUGACACCGCAUUUAUACACACGGGCUUACUCUCACCAAGCGCACGUGGUACAACGUUUAUUUUCGGAAGGUUAACGAUAAAAUUUGUUUUAAUAGGUGCUUCUAGUCCAGCACUGGAUGCUAGAAUCAAAUUAAUUCAAGCUCAAGCAGACUUGUCUCCGAAUAUGAAUCCACAAACAAAGUAAGUUCAUCGUUUUUCUGUUGGAGUAAAAUAAAGAGCUUAAUAAAACUAACAUGUAAGAAAGGAAAAUCAUCAUCAUACAUGGAAGGAAUAAAAUGAAUCAAUAAAAGUUAGAUGUCUCCAUUUACAACACAAUGGUCGACGUUGCGCCAACGCGAGCAUGUAUCUAACCGCUGCUAUAUAUGUAGUGGCGUGUUCAUAUAGAAAGGUUUAUCCCACAUGUCCAGAUGAUUUGGGAGAACUCUGCAUGCUGAGAUCUUGGCAAGCAGGCAGCUAGCCAGACAUCUUAUAUGAAUGCAUUACUCAUUGCAGUAUUAAUAGGAAAAUAGAUACGAGGUGAGAUUCUCGCUGAGCAGGACGUCAUGUCAAGCAGGAUCAUGUAAACAGACUUCCAGACUAAACAUGGAUUUUCAAAAUAAUUUUCUUUCAGGAGCUUGCCGUUAAUUGAAGAAGCGUGGAAAAUGCCAAUACCUGCUGAAUUGACUUCGAGAACUAAGAGUGCAAAGGUAUGUAUAAGCAGGAAUUUUGUUACUUCAGGUUGAAGGUUGGAGUCUAGAUAAGGUGUAUAUACUGUAGAAGACAGACUUGCUCCUCAGAUCAAGCAAUAUAACCGUCGAAUGUAAGCAUAUUAGAUAAACGAGGAACAGAAACUAACGAGGUUUCCCCCAGUAAUGGGAAAUAAAGGGACAACAACUCAACUUGUUUGCCCAACGAAAACAAAGGAAGAAAGCAGACCUGCAUGUUUGACACCUUCAAAAUUUUAUUCAAUGAUUUUGGCGGCCUUAAAAGCUUUCCUUUUAGUCUAUUAUUUUACUCUCCUGAAGGAUAUCUUUUUAUCUGAUAUCAGGUCCAUUGUGAGAGAAUGGUGAUAUAUUAAUACAGUGAAUAAAGACUAAUUUUUAUACCGGACAAAAACACCACAAAGAUCAAGACUACUUGUUUUAACGACCAAUUAUAUAGGUGGGGUGGGGCCGACAACGAUUUAAGUCGAAGCGGCCUAAAUAACACAUUCGACAGGGUGUAUUGGAUAAGUUACGUGGGAAUUAAACAGCCAUAUUUCAUGUUUAUUAUUUUUUCGCCGCCUUGACUGUUGUAAAUGUUGUUUUUACUUGCAGUCUCAACCACAAGAAUCCACAGUCCAACAUCCAUCGACGUCGUCCACCACACACCAAGCUCAACAACCAACACAUCAACCACAACAUGCAGCAACACAACAACAACAUCCGGCGGCGCCACAACAACAACAUCCGACGGCGCCACAGCAACAACAACAACAACAACAUGUGAUAACGCAACAACAACAUCCGACGGCGCCACAGCAACAACAACAACAACAACAUGUGAUAACGCAACAACAGCAUCCGACGGCGCCACAACAACAACAACAUCCGUCGGCACCACAACAACAACAACAACAACAUCCGACGGCACCACAACAACAACAUCCGACGGCGCCACAACAACAACAUCCGACGACGCCACAACAACAACAACAGCAACAUCCAGCAGCGCCACAACAACAACAACAUGUGAUAACGCAACAACAACAACAACAACAUGUUACAACACAACAACAACAUGUGACAACGCAACAUCAACAUGUUCUUCCACAUCUAAAUCAGAAUCCACAACUUCAGCCGUCGAAAUACACAUCUCAUCAUCCACAGCAACGCCAAGUGCAUCAACACCCGUUGUUCAACUCGCACGUGGGAGCUUCAUCUCAAAGUAGCUCACCUUUCUUACAUCCGGCAUCCACAACUCAUUUCCCAAAUGGGUCAACACGUUUACCUCCUACAAGUAGUCAAACAGACCCUGUAACCUCACGUGGUCGUAACGAACAAUACGCAGUGCAACCCACUAAUAUGCACUAUCAAACUCAAUCUCACGGCAACACAACAGAUUUACACACUAUGCAACAUCAUCAUGCGGCAGGUAAUUUUCCACACCCAGUACACACGCUAUCUAUAUCUAACUCGCACCAUACUCCCAGUGGUUUUACAUCAACACCAACCGUACAAACCUUCUUGACCCCAAGUACAAGCAUGCAUUCAAAUCUCCCCACUUCACAUGUUUCCUCGACGGUUUCACCUGCUGUUGUACAGCGUUCAUCUACGGUAACCACGACUUCAAACAUACCACCAUCUUUAGUGGAUUUUCAAGUGGAUCCCGACACAGGGUUACCACUGAGCAUCAUUAACCUUCAGAAUGGUGGUAUGCUUAGGUCCACACCGACUCCAGUGCCUCGGCCGGUGUCCGAAGGCAUUGAAACUCAAGAUACUCUAAGUGGUAUGCUUAUUACGUCACGAGAUCCAGUGUUAUCUGCAGGUCCAUUAAUGAGCGAACCUUCAACAUCAAACACACCGACACAGCCAUUAACAGUGAAUGUAUCUACGUUAUCAUCAGUUAGUGUUAGUAGUCCGCCACUUAUAUCACCUUCAUUAAUGUCGCCUGGAUUGUCAUCUCCAACGAGACAUUACUCGCUACUUUCACCAUCCGAACUGAAAAAGUCCAGUCAGCAGGGAACUGGCUUGAGUGGUCUUGGCAGUGUUAAAGUGAGUUUGCUCUUGGAACCUGGUGCCUUACCACAGCCGCCAACUCUGCCUCAACAUCCUUGUCCUGUAGAAAAAUUAUCGCCACCGACGCCUAGCAUUCGUGUAAGUACUUGUAUUUCCGUCGUAUUUGUGUUGAAUAUGUUAGCAUGCAUAUAUUAUAUUCCAGAGACGUUGUUGAAGAGUGAACCAGGAUUCAAAUAGGGGCAGAUACUAUUAAUAGUUCUUUGUGAGGCUAAAAUAACUGCAACCAGUUGCGAGGACCCAAAAUUCGAUCCAGACUGAUUAUAUUUUGAGGUUUGAAAUGACGUCUUCUUAUGUAACAGAUUUCCCUAAAUCUGAAUUACUAGGGUUUCACAGACCAUUUCUGCAGUCCUAGGACUUUUAAAGCUUAUCUGUUCCAAGGUAAAACAAAUUUUUAACCUCUUAGGUUGAAACUAAAUCUGAGGCGUACUCGCCUGAGCUGCAAAAUCUGUGCCUUUCUCCAUCGCAACCAAUCACAGUUAUAAGAGGACUUGAUAAAGCGCUUGGUAUAGGUAAGAAUAAUUUGUAAUUAUUUUUAUGUCUUAUAUUUAUUUAAUUAAUAGCCAUGCACAAUUCUAGCACUGUUUAAAUAUUUGUCACCCACUUUACAAGUCUAAGUUUACGAAAGCAAAGAAUAGAACACAAAAUAACUAAGAAUUAGAGAAUUACAGUACCGAGUACGUCAUAUUUGAGUUCAUUUCUGAAAGUAUUCAGUAUAUAAAGUAACAAUAGUUUAUUCCUUUUCGUUUUCUGAAGAUCUAGGUUUAUUUUCGACCAAAGCUUUGUUGGAUGCCCAUGCAGACCAUGAAGUUGAAGUUCGAACACAAGUUAGUAGCUUCUUAUGUUUUAGAUAUUUCACUUGCAUGUAAUGUAUUGAUGAGAACAGUAAAGUCCGUCGUUUUUUGUGAUCAAAACGGUGUUGGUGACAACCUCAACAUUGACUUUUUAAAAUUAAAAAUGGACACAACGUUAUAGGCUUUGCUACAUCUAGUGGUAGUUUUAAGUUAUUCACCAUUCCACUGAAUGUUAUUUUCUUCUGGUAUCAUUUAAAUUCUAAAAGAACAGGGUAUAUAGUAUUUCAUGAAAGAAGCUGUUUGUAACUGAAAAAUUAUUUAACCAGUGCGAUUGCGUUGCCGUUCAUCCUCGGUAUGCUUUGAUAAUAAUAUUGAGUUAUUUAAUGUCAGUGGGUUGCAAUACAUACCCAUGCUCAAAACCAUGGCUUAAGUGGUUUUAGAAAAAACUCGAAACAGGGGAGAGCCAACCAAACUUUACUUACAUGAGAUUUCAAGUACAAGGAAGUUACCCAACCAAACUGAAUCGUCUACUCUCGGCCUACAGGACAAUGGCGUAACUCAGUGAUAAGGGAGAGCAUGCAGCUAACCGGCCGUGAGAGGAGACUUCUGCGAGAGGGAUAUCAGGAUUUGGGGCAUCUAACUCGAUCGAACUAAAUGUUGAAGGCUUUUUCAAAGAUGGAAAUUUCGAGAGGAAAUUAUUAUACAUCUUUAGACCUAACCAAGAGCGGCGGCGAAAAGUGCGACUAUAUGCCCAGUGAAUCGAACCUGCGAUUCCGGUGCAGCCCAACUGAGCUGCAGAAUCCAGUCAAAUCCGAAUCUGCAGAAUCCGAAACCCUUCAAUAUAUGAAUCAGUGAUACCCCCAUGCAUGUAGUGUUUGUGUAAAUAGUCUCAGUGGCGUAACGUUAUAAAAUUAUAUAUAUAACGUUCAAAAUUUUCGAAGGUCCCCUAGUAGAAGUGCCAAAGGCACGAGUCGAGCGCCGUAUAUGCACGAGUUUUCUAGGAGGGGGGGGCCGGGCAUGCUCAUCCGGAAAAUGUUAGAAUCUAGAGUCUCUGAAAUGCCAUUUCCUGAACUUUGGGGAGAGAUUUUACACAAUUCUGAUGGUCAGAAAACGACAUUGUAACAUAUCACAGGCCCUGGCCAAUGUUUUUGCUCUAUCGCCUAAACCUGGGGGGCCCCAUUUGGCCCAUUGGGGUUGGGGGCCCCCUGGUUCUCCCGGUCUGAGCCCAUAGUAGUUACGCCACUGAAUAGUCAAUUAAAUAUUUUUCUCUCUGUACAUGUUAGAAACAGCAGCUGUCAGAGGAAAAUAUUGAUGACGAGGGACGAAAGGUUUGGCUGUGCGAAAGUAGCAGGUACGUGAAUCUUAUCAACUGAAAUACGAUGAGUCUUUUUUGCAUAGCUGAUUUAAUUAAUUCAAAGCAAAAAAGCAAUUAAAAUAUACAUGUAGUCCAACUUCUAGUGAUAUAUCUCAUCUUGUGACUUUAUGUAUACAGUAGCUAGCAUAAAAAAUACUGCCACUUGUAAUAGCUAGCAUAAAAAAUACUAUUGAUAUAAAAUUAGUAAAUUGUUCUUUUUUUCAGGUCAUACUCUACUAUUGCCAAAUAUGCUCAGUACCAGGCUACGACCUUCCAAGAGG